AAUUAGGGCCCUACCGGGCCUCCGUAGUCAACUUUCUAUAGUAGGCGGGACCAAGGCCGGGGUGACCCAGCCGGAGCCGCCGCUGCCAGAGACAUGUUCAAGGUACUUCAGAAGUCUGUGGGCCCGGCCAGCCUGAGCUUGCUCACCUUCAGAGUCUAUGCUGCACCAAAAAAGGACUCACCUCACAAACACUCCAUGAAGGUCGAUGAGCUGUCACUCUACUCAGUUCCUGAGGGUCAGUCUAAAUACAUGGAGGAGCCCAGGACUCAGCUUGAAGAAAGCAUCUCACAGCUCCGACAUCACUGUGAGCCAUAUACAAAUUGGUGCCAGGAAACGUACUCCCAAACUAAACCCAAGAUGCAAAGUUUGGUUCAGUGGGGAUUAGACAGCUAUGAAUAUCUCCAAAAUGCUCCCCCAGGCUUUUUUCCAAGACUUGGUGUUAUUGGUUUCGCUGGCCUUGUUGGACUCCUUUUCACUAGAGGUUCAAAAAUAAAGAAGCUGGUGUAUCCACCUGGUUUCAUGGGAUUAGCGGCUUCCAUCUAUUACCCACAACAAGCUAUCACUUUCAUCCAGGUCAGCGGGGAGAAGUUAUAUGACUGGGGUUUACGAGGAUACAUAGCCGUAGAAGAUUUGUGGAAGGAGAACUUUCAGAAGCCAGGAAAUGUGAAGAGUUCACCUGGAAAUAAGUAGAAAACUCCAUGCUCUGCCCUUUUAAUCAGUUAUAGGAAACAUUGGAAACUUCAGACAGUAAAUCAGUAUUUCUACAGAAAAGUGGCAGAGAAGACAAUACUGAAUGUAGAAAACUGGCUUUCUUCUUCAGGAAAAACUAUACUAGGCCUUUUUGUUAUCUUGGGUGAUGCCAUUCUGCAAGUGGACUAAGCUGAAAUCUUUUCACCUAGAGAUAAUGUACGAGCCUUAGAACACCUUGUUCUCAUGUUGCUAUUUAUGUACAUAAUUAAAAUCCAAAAGGAGAAAAGCAA